UUCCUCAAAGUUAAAGAUGUGCUGAAAAGGUUGUCAGGUCAACCCCAACGCUCUCUCUCGCAUCUCCUUCAUCGUUUCCCUCUUCUUCCUCUUUCACCAUGGCCGCCUCUCCCUCCCAAAACGACCAGCUGUUGCAGAUUUAUCCUACUUCCUCUACUUGUGUUUCCCCUUUUUGGAGAGAGAAAUAUGAAAAUAAUGCUAGAAAGUACUGGGAUGUAUUCUAUAAGCGCCAUGAAAACAAGUUCUUCAAAGAUCGGCACUAUUUGGACAGGGAAUGGGGCCUUUAUUUUACUUCUCCCCAAGACAAUGAUGAAAGCAAGUUGGAUACAGGGAGAAAUUCUGAUAAGAGAAAGGUUGUUUUAGAGGUUGGUUGUGGAGCUGGAAAUACUGUGUUUCCUGUGAUUGCGACCUUUCCCAAUGUUUUUGUUCAUGCAUGCGAUUUUUCACAACGUGCAAUUGGCUUGGUCAAGGCUCACAAGGAAUAUCAAGAUAAUCAGGUGAAUGCAUUUGUUUGUGAUGCUACAACAGAUGACCUCAGUGACAAUAUAUUGCCAUCUUCAGUUGACAUCGUAACCAUGAUUUUUACAUUGUCUGCAGUUUCUCCGGAGAAGAUGCCUUUGGUAUUAUCAAAUAUUAGAAAAGUUCUGAAGCCAAAUGGUAUUUUGCUACUCCGAGAUUAUGCUGUGGGGGAUCUUGCUCAGGAAAGACUCCGCAGUAAAGAUCAAAAGAUCAGCGAGAAUUUCUAUGUCAGAGGGGAUGGCACUCGUGCAUUUUACUUCUCGGAACAUUCCUUGAAGAACUUGUUUGAAGAAAAUGGCUUUUGUCCGAAAGAUAUGAGUAUAUACUGCAAACAACUGGAAAAUCGCUCACGAGAAAUAGUGAUGAACCGGGAGGGCAGAAGGAAUCAUCAAAAGCGACCGAUGGAAAUAAUCCCUAGCUCGGGGAAAACCUUGGCAUCACCAUCAACAUCAAAUGCUUUAAUAAGAAGGCGCUGGAUUCAAGCCGUAUUCAGCUAUGUAGAUAAUGUUGGAUCUUCACCUUCCCUGACAAGUAAUGGUGGAGAAGAAGUUAAGAGCCAUGUCCAAAUCAUGAACAGUUCUGUUUUGAAGCCUGAUAUCAGAACACUUAAGAAGCCAGCUGAUGGUGCUACUGAUAUAGACAUGUCCUAUUGCUUGGCUGAAAUGUUCGGAAUUCCCCAUGGGUAUGAUGCGUGCACAGAGAUCACUCUGAGUGGGUUCGACUUCAAAAUAAAAGGACUUUCCAGAGAACACCAGCACACCUGCAAAUCUACUGGUUUGAUGCUAUGGGAGUCCGCUCACCUGAUGUCCUCAGUUAUAUCAGAAAAUCCAACAAUUGUUGCUGGGAAGAGGAUCCUAGAAUUGGGUUGUGGCUCAGGUGGAAUUUGCUCAAUGGUUGCGGCCAAAUUUGCGGACCUUGUAGUUGCAACUGAUGGUGAUUCAGAAUCUCUCAACCUAUUGCAUCAAAACAUUAAUUCAAAUCUGGAGCCUUCAAUCCUUGACAAGCUGCACUGCCUGAAACUAGAAUGGGGAAAUGUAGAUGAUAUCAAUGCAGUGAAGGAACUAAGCCCUGAAGGAUUUGAUGUGAUUAUUGGCACCGACGUGACUUAUGUGAGUGAUGCCAUCCUUCCCUUAUUUGAGACUGCGGGGGCUUUGAUCUCUACCAGAGUUUGGGGGCCACCACCGGCCUUUAUCUUGUGUCAUGUUUUUCGUCGAGUUGAUGAAGCAUCGAUCAUUUCUACAGCAUCUAGUUUGGGAUUUGGACUGGUGGAUAAUUGGCCCUUUACUGAUAGUAGUAGUAAUAGUAGUAAUAGCAGUGAUGUUGGGAGCAGGCGUGGUACCAUUGCUUCGUGGUUCUCUCAAGAAGGUAGCUGCAAGAGAAAUUCCCACAUAACUGCUCUCACAGUCAUGUAUUUUGAAACCCUAAAUAAGUUUACAUGAUUGAUUUGUGUAUGCUUGCAUUUCUAUGAACACCAAAAAUUUUGUAUCUUCUUAUUGUGGUCGCACUUGAUUAUUUGUGAGUAUUUCUUUCUAUUUUUUGCUGA